CUAUCUCUGCAAAGUUGUCUAGAGACCGUAAAAAAAACCAAAUAAUCCCUAGUGAGCUUUGUUUCUGACUAGGUUUUUCAGGUAGUCAAGGUUAGUGAUAACAGUGGAAAUACUGAUGAGUGAUGAACCUCAAGUUGUUUGACAAUCAAGUAACAUCUCUCACCAAAAAGGCUGGAAUUUUAAGAUCCUCAGAUUUAUUUUCCUUCCAACAUUUUCCUACGGUAUUGUGUUAAAUUAUAAUGGUGAUCGGAAAGAAGACAACGUUUGUAUAAACUGUCCGACAAUAUCUGAGAUUCUACUAGGCGUUCUAGUCUUAUAUUCAGACCACUCGGAUCUUUGUUUAAGUUUGUUUUGCAUGUUCCCUGACCAGUUCUGAUUAUUCGAUCCACUUUGUAUUUGACUUUCUCUGUAACUAUUAUCCAAAAAAAAAGUUUGCUCGGACGAUGGAAAACGGUUUAUCCUUGACACGGAGAGAAGAAGAAGAAGAUUACAAAAAAGAGAAAUAUGCAGGGAUGAUGAAGAAAGUGAGCUGCAUGGCUGCUCCAAUGGUGGCAGUUUAUCUUUCUCAGUUUCUCCUUCAAGUUAUCUCCAUGGUUAUGGCGGGCCACUUGGACGAGCUCUCUCUCUCCAGCGUCGCUAUUGCUACUUCUCUUACCAACGUCACUGGCUUCAGCCUCCUUGUUGGGUUUGCAGGUGCGUUAGAGACAUUGUGUGGUCAAGCUUUUGGAGCAGAGCAAUACAGAAAGAUUGGUUCAUACACUUACAGCUCAAUGAUAUGUCUUGUCUUGAUUUGUUUCCCGAUCUCUCUCCUUUGGGUCUACAUGGACAAACUCUUGGAGCUUUUCCACCAAGAUCCUCUCAUCUCUGAGUUAGCUUGUAGAUACUCCAUAUGGCUCAUACCUGCUUUAUUUGGAUGCGCUCUUCUUCAGCCUAUGAUUCGCUAUUUCCAGUCGCAAGGAUUGGUUCUUCCUCUCUGCUUGAGCUCUUUUGGAUCUCUCUGUUUUCACGUUCCCUUCUGUUGGUUUCUAUUCUAUAAACUGAGACUUGGAAUUGUCGGAGCCGCUUUGUCCAACGGUUUUUCGCUUUGGUUAAACGUAGCUCUGCUGUGGGCUUUUAUGAGAGACUCUGCUGUGUAUCGCGAAACUAGGAAUCUUCAGGCGCAAGAACUCUUCUCCAGCAUGAAGCAGUUCAUCUCUCUUGCGAUCCCCACUGCAAUGAUGACUUGCUUGGAGUGGUGGUCAUUUGAGCUCCUCUUACUAUUGUCUGGACUCUUACCCAACUCAAAACUCGAAACAUCGGUGAUGUCCAUAUGCCUCACGACUUCACUUCUGCAUUAUGUUUUCGUGGAUGCAAUAGGUGCAGCCGCAAGCACACAUGUCUCAAACGAGCUAGGAGCUGGAAACCCAAAGGCAGCUCGAGCAGCAGCUAAUGCUGCACUUUACCUUGGCGCUUUUGAUGCUUCCUUUGUAUGCAUCACUCUUUACUGUUUUCGAAAUACUUGGGCGUAUAUCUUUAGCAAUGAGUUAGAAGUCGUUCAAUAUGCAACAAAAAUGACACCGAUUCUCUGUCUAUCAAUUUUUGUCUGCAGCUUUACCUCCGUGCUCUCAGGGAUUGCUAGAGGAGUAGGGUGGCAAAGUAUAGCAGGAUAUGCAAGCAUAGGAUCAUAUUAUCUAGUUGGCAUACCGGUUGGUUCAGUCUUAUGUUUUGUUGCGAAAUUGAGAGGGAGAGGACUUUGGAUUGGUAUGUUGAUAGGCUGCUUUUUCCAAACUAUGGUUCUUGCGUAUGUCACUUUUUUCACCAAUUGGGAGCAAGAGGCAACGAAGGUGAGAGAUAGAGUAUUGGAGAUGACACCAAAAGGAAACCAAGAAACAGAAACCAUAACAGAGGAUGCGCAAGUUUUACUAAGUGACAUUUCAGAAAAUGUGUAACCAAACCCCAUUUGCAUUUGUCUAAAUUAUGCAUACAAAGAGAUUAUCAACAAGUGAUUAAAUGAUGAAAUGGAAUCUGGGACAAUAAACAUACUCCAUC